AUGUCUUCGACACCUGGCUCGACCGAGCCGUCCACUCCGACAGAGCCGUUGAUGCGACUCGGUGUGGCGGCGAUGGACCGCAAGGCCCGCUCGCGACCGAUGCGCAAUAUUCUCUCGCGGCUACUUGCGACGGGAAAGUUUGAGAUCACGGUCUUUGGUGACAAGGUCAUUCUCGACGAGGACAUCGAGAAUUGGCCAGUCUGCGACUUCCUGAUCUCCUUUUACUCCGACGGCUUCCCCAUCGACAAGGCUAUCGCCUACGUCGAGUUGCGCAAGCCUGUCUGCGUGAACGACUUGCCGCUUCAGAAGAUCUUCUGGGACCGCCGUGUCGUUCUCCAGAUCCUCGACAAGAUUGGCGUGCCAACGCCAAAGCGCCUCGAGUGUAACCGCGACGGCGGUCCUCAGCUCGACAAGUCCAUCGCGGACCAGAUUCAGCAGAGCCUCGGCAUCCGGGUCGACAAGCCUCGACCGACUUCUGAGUUUGCGCUGCUGGACGAUGACACGAUCGAGGUGGACGGCAACACGAUGCUCAAGCCUUUUGUCGAGAAGCCGGUCUCGGGCGAGAACCACAACAUCAACAUCUACUUUCCGAAGCGUAAGGGUGGCGGAGCGCGGCGACUCUUCCGCAAGGUCGGCAACCAGUCUUCCGCCCUCGAGCCGAACAUGACGAUGCCGCGGACGGAUGCGUCGUACAUCUACGAGCAGUUCGUUGACGUCGAGAACGCGGAGGACAUCAAGGUGUACACGCUCGGCCCCAAUUUUGUCCACGCCGAGACCCGCAAGUCGCCCGUCGUCGACGGCAUCGUCCGGCGGAACACGGAGGGCAAGGAGAUCCGCUUCAUCUGCCAGCUUACCGACGCGGAGAAGAAGAUUGCGCGCGACAUUUCCAUCGCCUUCAAGCAGAACAUCUGCGGCUUUGACAUGCUCCGAGCGAACGGGAAGAGCUAUGUCAUCGACGUGAACGGCUGGUCUUUCGUCAAGGGCAACGACUUUUACUACGACAAGUGCGCCGAGAUCUUGACCAACUUCUGUCUGCGCAAGAUGCCUUCCCUCCCUAAGCCCGUCUCGGAAAAGCCCGACAAGCCGCGCGAGAAAUCGUGGACGCUGAAGAGCACGAUUUGCGUGGCGCGACAUGGCGACCGGACACCGAAAUGCAAGCUCAAGUUCAAGUUCAAGGGCAAGGACGAGUGGACGGCGCCGCUCAUGGGCCUCUUGCAAGGCCGAUCGACCGAGAUCAUCCUGCGCGACCCAGUCCAGCUGCAGUACAUCGCGGACGCCGCCGAGCAGGCCAUCCUCAUCCCCGGCGCCGACCUCGAGCAGCUCGAACAGCUGCGCAAGAUCAUCGAGAAGAAGAAGAACACGAUCGGCACCAAGGCUCAGCUUAAGCCGUCCUUCAAGGAGGAGGUGUGCGAGACGCUCGCAGUUGUCGUCAAAUGGGGAGGCGAGUUCACGCACGCCGCACGGUACCAAGCGCGCGACAUCGCAGAGAACAUGCGCAAGGACUACACCAUCAUGAACAAGACGCUGCUCGAGCACACGAACGUCUACACCUCUUCCGAACGCCGUGUUGUCGCGACCGCCGAGAUCUUCACGACCGCCUUCCUCGACGAGCGGGAACGGCCGACUGGCGAGCAGCAGACGCACCAGCUCAUCAUCCGGAAGGACCUGCUCGACGACUCGAACGCGGCGAAAGAAGAGAUGGAAAAGGUCAAGAAGAAGCUAAAGACGCUGUGCCGCCCCGGCCUGCACGUCCGACCCGAGUUCGCCUGGCCCGCAAACGAGAAGGACCCUUUCGAGGUCGUUAAGGAGACGAUCGAGCUGAUGAAGUGUCUGCGCGAGACGAUGAACGAAAACUGGAACUCGCUUGCCGUCGAGAAGAUCCAGCCGCGCUGGUGCUGCGGGGAGUAUCCCUACCUCUUCCGAGAGCGAUGGGAAGGCCUCUUCGCCGACUGGUGCGACGUCGGCCUCGAGAAGUUCGACCCCUCGCGAGUAUCGGAGCUGUACGACUCGCUCAAGUACGAUGCCUUGCACAAUCGCGUCUUUCUCGAGACCAUCUUCACCAAGAACGGCAGCCGUCCUUCGUCCAUCGACAGCCGGUCAACUCUCGAAGCCACGUCCUCCGACAGCGGCCCGCCUCGCCAGCUUCGCGAGCUGUACAAGCGUGCCAAGCUGCUCUUCGACCUCAUCGCGCCGCAGGAGUACGGCAUCGAGCGGUCCGAGAAGGAGAUCAUCGGCCUCCUCACGUCGCUCCCACUUCUCGAGCAGAUCGUCCGCAACUUGCGGGGCACGAAGGAGUCGGAGUACCCGUCGGCCAAUUUCUACUUCACGAAGGAGUCGCACAUCCAUACCCUCGUGAACCUCGUCACCCUCUCCGACCUUCCCAUCGUCAUGCCGCACGUCCCCGAGCUCGACUACAUGAGCUACAUCUCCUUCGAGGUGUACGAGCGGUCGAAGGGCGACUCGAAGGAGCUCUCGGUGCGCGUGACGCUGUCCGAGGGAGCGCACUCGGCCGUCCUCGACGCAUCGCUUGACGCCAAGCAUGCGCUGCAAGUCCAGCCUCGCCGGGCUCUGACCGACUACAUCUCGCUCGACCGCGUUAUUGGCAUCCUCGAGCGGCACUCGAAGAAGGCCGAGACGUUGCACCUGACCAAGUCCACGACGAAGCUUGAAGGCUUCCUCCCCGUCGAAGGCGACGAAGUCUACCGCGGCGUCAAGUCGAAGCUCGAGCAGAUUCGCGAGUUUGCGGUGCGCCAGCCUGGUGGGUCGACGUAUUCGGCGGCGAGCGACAAGGGCGAGUAG